AUGGAGAACGUCAUCGCCAUCGGCGCUGGGCUUGCUCUACGCGCCGUCAUCGACAUCCUGACCGACGAUGAUCAAAGACUUACCGGUACACUCGUCGGGCUUUGGGAAGGAAUCGUGCUCUCGCAUUUUCUCCAUAAAAAUCCGCGAAAUUCCAAUGAUGCAUAUCUUGCUCUUGCUACUCGGUUCCUUAUCGACUUUAUGCUCACGAACUCGGUAGUCCGUUUUGCCCUCACCGGCGCAUGGACACUUGUCGGG